AAACGUCAACAUAAGUAAGCUAGCAAAACAUUGGCUUAGUUUGUGCUUUUCAAUAAUUUUUAUUUUUAUAGUGUUUGAAUGUGAAAAUCAUACAUAAUGUCUGGUUUAACCGAUGUUGAUAGCCCGUUCGUCAAGACGGAAAAGGCAUGCAAGAUUUGCGGCUGCUCGGACGGCAACAUGGAGUCCAUGUUUUGCGACGCGGACGACUCCCGGAUGCUGAACAAAAUCUACAAAUGCACCCGUGUCGAGGUCACACCGAUUUGCGGUUUGAUUUCGCCCAUCUGCGAGAGCUGCCGGAAGCGAAUCGAGGCGUACGACGAGAAUGCCAAACCCAAAGUGGUCGAGUUUGUCAUCAAGAAUGAGAUCGAAGAUGCGCUGGAUUAUGAUCCAUUUAGCUUUCAAGAUCCGAUGGCUAGCGCGGAUCCAAUGGCUUCCACGGAUCCGAUGGCGGAGAACUUUGACGAUAUCAGUAUGAAAUUGGAGAUCGAGAUUGACGAUGAUCGGUCGAGGAAUUCGGCCUCCAAUCAGGAGAAAAAGAGGGGCAGGAAAAGCAAGACGAACGUUGAGAGCGUUAUCGAGUUAGAUGAGGAACCUGUGACGAAGAAGGAGCCUGAACAAAUAAAGGACAGCGAAAAGGAGAACGUUCCCAGAACUCGAGACGUGCGAAAGGCUUCGGAGAAGGUUAAAGUUAAGAUUUCCUCAGACGAGGACUCUGACUUUGAGUGGCAGGGAGGGGAAGAUUUUGGAGAUAACGACGAUGAUGACGAUGUUAAGUUUGACGAUUCUCCGAAUGUCAAGAGUAGUUCUGAAGAUGAUAUUCCACUGAAAAAGAGAAAAAUCAGUAAGGUCAAAGUCAAAACCCAGAAGAAAUACAAACGAUCGGCGGAAGGUAACAGCAAGCUCAGCAGUACAGGAAAAAGACCCCGAGGUCGUCCACGCAAGGAACGACCCGCUGGAUUCGAAGACCGUCGGAAAUCGGCUGCGGAAGAGUGCAAGAUUUGUGGCCGUGUUGUGACGUAUAUGCGGGAACAUAUGCGCCAGCAUAAGAUCGAUAAGCAGCAAAAAUGUCCCUACUGCGAGCGGAUGUUUGUGCAGGGAAAUAAUCUCAAGUACCAUAUCAGGAAACAUUUGGGAGAACGGCCCUAUUCUUGCAAUAUCUGCGAUAAGACGUUCUACUGUGCGCCACAUUUGAAGUCUCACAUGAAAGUUCACGGUCCACAAGGAUUGUUCCAGUGUGAAAAGUGUCCAAAAACAUUUAACCAAGAGGGCAAUCUUAAGAAGCAUUUGCGUGUUCAUACAGGAGAGAAACCAUAUAAGUGCAACAAGUGUAACAAAGCUUUUAAUAGUACGUCGAAUCUAAAAAAUCAUCAACGUUUGCACUCGGACGAGCGUGCAUUUACGUGCGAACAUUGUGCGAAAAGUUUUGUCGACAUUCAUCACCUUCAGCGUCACGUUCGGGUUCAUACAGGUCAACGUCCAUACUUUUGCCACAUUUGUUGUCACGCGUUUUACUGCCAGAAUGGCAUCAGGGAGCAUCUGAAAACCCACAUUCCCGAUCGGCAGCCGCUGAAAGCGGAGAAAGUGACCCAGAAUGCUAAAUAAAUAGCUAUUUUGAUAAAA